AUGGAGACCCUACAUGUCCGGAGUGUUCUGGUGACCGGUUCUGAUCGGGGAGUUGGGCUGGGACUGGUCACUCGGUUCCUGGAAAAGCAAGACCCACCAGAGUGGGUUUUUGCCACCAGCCUAGAUCUUGACAGAUAUUAUGGGAAGAAGUUAAGGAGGCUGGCUUUGUGUCACCCAAACCUUGUUGUACUACAGCUGGAUAUCCGAGAUCUGAAGAGCAUAGAGGCUGCUGUGCGGAAGGUAGAACAGCACGUGAAAGAGAAUGGGCUGACUCUGCUCAUAAAUAAUGCUGGCAUUUUGGUCAAAUUCACCUGCUUGGCUUAUGAGACAGCAGAGGACAUGGCGCGCCUGUACGGCACGAACACCAUUGGGACCUUGCAAGUCAGCCAGGCAUUCCUGCCCUUGCUGAAGACCGCUGCCCUGGGAAGCCCCGAGGAAGGCCUGAGCUGCAGCAAAGCCGCAAUCGUCAACAUCUCCAGUGACUUCGGCUCUAUUGAGAAAAUGGCUGGCUGGUCUCUCUCGCAAGUCAUCUCUUAUCGUUGUAGCAAGGCAGCUCUGAACAUGCUCACCAGAUGCCAGUCUUUGGAGUACAAACAGUUUGGGGUUCUCAGCCUUUCCAUCCACCCUGGCUGGGUGAAAACCGCCAUGGGAUCACUGCUGCUUCCAACUACAGUGGAGGAUAGCACCACGGGGAUAUUGAAAGUACUCUCUGCUGUCACCGAGAGAGACACGGGAUCGUUCCUUGACUGGGAAGGGAACACUGUUCCUUGGUGA